AAGAGACAGGGUUGCGUUUCUGCGUGCCAGACCCAGUCUCCAGCACUGGUCCCCCUGAUGGCAGUUUGUACAUCCCUGUGAAACCUGCCAAGCUGGACGCCACAGCUUUGCACGACUGCACUUUGGCUGCCACUGUGCCCCCUUCAGAGCCAACAAACCAUGCAGUCCUAGCCUGUGACACAGGCAUCCAUGAAGAGCACUAUGUAAGUGAAGCAGUGGAAAAUGAUGUGCCGGACAACAGAGAAUACAGAGAUGCCUGCACCAUUACUGAUGUGUGCAAUAGUACUGAUCUUCCUGAAGUUGAAAUCAUCAGUCUGCUGGAAGAACAGCUGCCCCAUUACAAGCUGAGAGCAGAUACAAUCUAUGGUUAUGACCACGACGACUGGCUUCAUACGCCUCUCAUUUCUCCUGAUGCCAGUAUCGACUUAACAACUGAGCAAAUAGAAGAGACGCUGAAAUACUUCCUUUUAUGUGCUGAAAGAGUGGGCCAGAUGACUAAAACAUACAAUGACAUAGAUGCUGUUACACGACUUCUAGAAGAGAAAGAGCGGGAUUUAGAAUUAGCUGCUCGAAUUGGCCAGUCAUUGUUAAAGAAGAAUAAAUCACUAACCGAGAGAAAUGAAUUCCUUGAGGAGCAAGUAGAGCAUAUCAGGGAAGAGGUUUCUCAGUUGCGCCAUGAACUGUCCAUGAAGGAUGAGCUGCUUCAGUUUUAUACCAGUGCUGCUGAAGAAAGUGAGCCAGAGUCCAUCUGCUCAACACCGUUGAAGAGGAAUGAGUCUUCCUCCUCCGUCCAGAACUAUUUUCACUUGGAUUCUCUUCAAAAGAAACUUAAGGACCUUGAAGAGGAGAAUGUUGUGCUUAGAUCAGAGGCCUGUCAGCUGAAGACUGAAACAAUUACUUACGAAGAGAAAGAACAGCAGCUUGUAAAUGACUGUGUGAAAGAGCUGAGGGAUGCAAACAUCCAGAUUUCCAGUAUCUCGGAGGAGUUAGCAAAGAAAACUGAAGAUGCUGCCCGGCAACAGGAAGAGAUCACCCAUCUUCUUUCUCAGAUAGUUGAUCUACAGAAAAAGGCAAAAUCUUGUGCAGUCGAAAAUGAAGAACUUGUCCAGCAUUUGGGAGCAGCUAAAGAUGCCCAGCGUCAGCUCACGGCAGAAUUGCGGGAGCUGGAAGACAAGUAUGCAGAGUGCAUGGAAAUGCUUCAUGAGGCGCAGGAGGAGCUGAAGAACCUUCGGAACAAGACGAUGCCAAAUGCCAUAUCACGUCGCUACCACUCGCUAGGCCUCUUCCCCAUGGACUCUUUGGCAGCAGAGAUAGAAGGAUCAAUGCGAAAAGAACUGCAGCUGGAUGAACCAGACUCUCCUGACGUAACUCACCAGAAGCGGGUCUUUGAGACUGUGAGAAACAUAAACCAGGUUGUCAAGCAGAGAUCUCUGACUCCAUCUCCAAUGAAUAUCCCAGGAUCUAACCAGUCUUCUGCAAUGAACUCAGUCAUUUCUAGCUGUACCAGCACUCCACGUUCCAGUUUCUAUGGGGGAGACAUCUCCAACAAUGUGAUAGACAACAAGACCAAUAGCAUCAUUCUAGAAACAGAAUCCUCUGACAAUGGAAAUGAAGACAAGAAUAAGAAGCCUGGAACUCCAGGGACACCUGGUUCUAGUGACUUGGAGACAGCUCUUCGAAGGCUGUCCCUUCGGCGAGAGAAUUACCUCUCAGAGCGGAGGUUCUUUGAAGAAGAGCAGGAGAGGAAGUUGCGGGAACUGGCGGAGAAGGGUGAACUCCAUAGUGGUUCCAUUACACCAACAGAGAGCAUCAUGUCAUUGGGAACUCACUCCAGGUUUUCAGAAUUCACUGGAUAUUCAGGAAUGUCCAUCAGCAGUCGCUGCUACCUGCCAGAGAAGCUUCAGAUUGUGAAGCCCCUUGAAGGUUCAGCCACUCUGCAUCAUUGGCAGCAACUAGCUCAGCCUCACCUGGGGGGAAUCUUAGACCCAAGGCCUGGGGUUGUCACUAAGGGCUUCAGAACUCUGGACCUCGACCUGGAUGAGGUGUAUUGCCUUAAUGAUUAUGAAGAAGAUGAGACAGGUGACAUUUCUUACAAGGGCCUAACUACCUCGACGCCAAUUCAGCACACAGAGACCUCAGGUGAGAGGUCACAAGCACAAGUGACUGUUUCAGACAGCAAGAAUAAUCCAAGCCAGUCUCAGGCUUUCACAGAGGAGAUGCAGGAGUCCACGUCUGACGAUGAUGAGGGGUCUGUACAUCAUCCUGGGAAGUGCAUGUCACAAACCAACUCCACCUUCACCUUCACCACCUGCCGCAUUCUGCACCCUUCUGAUGAGCUCACACGAGUCACUCCAAGCCUUAAUGCAGCACCUACUCCAGCUUGCGGCAGCCUUGGCAAUUUGAAAGGCACCCCGGUCGCUACUCCAUGCACUCCUCGGCGUCUAAGCUUGGCAGAAUCCUUCACUAAUCUUCGGGAAUCCACAACUACGAUGAGCACAUCCUUGGGCCUGGUGUGGCUGCUUAAAGAACGAGGGAUCUCAGCAGCAGUGUACAAUCCGCACAGCUGGGACAGGGCCAGCAAGGGCACCAUCCUGAACCCGUACUCUCCUAAAAUGGCGAUCAUUCCUUCCACUCCUCCAAACUCACCUAUGCAGACUCCCUCUUCUUCCCCACCUGCUUUUGAGUUCAAGUGCACCAGCCCUCCUUAUGACAACUUCCUUGCUUCCAAACCUGCCAGUUCCAUUUUGAAGGAGGUGAGAGAGAAAAAGAACAUCAGGAACAGUGAGAGUCAGACCGACGUGUCUGUCUCCAACCUUAACCUUGUGGACAAAGUAAAGCGGUUCGGGAUUGCCAAAGUAGUUAGCUCGGGGCAAACGCAAGCGCCUCCCUUAACUGAUGACGAGGGACCUCUUCUCUGUGGGGCACAAGGACCAGUAAGGGCCUUUGUUCCCCGAGGCUUGGCCCCAGAAGGCCUUCAGUUGGGCUGCCCUUCUGCAACAAGUGCCAUUGGGGGUAUUCAGCUGAACACUGGCAUUCGAAGGAAUCGGAGCUUCCCAACCAUGGUGGGGUCCAGCAUGCAGAUGAAGGGCCCUGCAACUCUCACUUCUGGCAUCCUAAUGGGAGCCAAGCUCCCUAAGCAAACUAGCUUACGAUGAAGGACUUAAUUUUUAUGGCUGGACUUUUAAAGAAAUACCAAGAACCCGCCUCCAAUUUUUUUUUUUCUUCCAUUGCCUCCUGAGUUUGACAAAUCAACUUUGUGCCUAAUGGGAGAAGUGUGUAAACUUUGUACAAUUUGUAAAUAUGUACCAGAUAUAUUGUAACUAAUUUGUUUAUUUUACUGUUCAGUUGAGUGCAAAAUGUUCUGACGCUGCAGUUGCUGUGUUAGGAUUUAACUUGCUAACCUUCUGAAAGGUGUGUUUUUUUGUUUUUGUUUUUGUUUUUGAAGAUGCACUGAAAAAAAAAAAUUCAAGGAUACAAGAAAAUGAAUUCUGUAGUUAGCCUAACCUGACCUAGCAUAGCAAGGUUAUUGACCAUGUUAUCUGAAACAUUGGAAUAACAGCAGCAGGGAGCAUUUGUGCUUCGGUAAGUGCUAAACAAAGUAGUCAGCUUAGCAUCUGUGUUAAUUUCAUUUUGCCCUUGUGGAUGAAGUGGGUUAUCCAAGCAUAUGGCUGUUAUGCUUGAAUUGAUGAGACAUUUUUCUGUUUUGUUUUGUUUUUCCUGGUAUGAUAAACUUGAACUAGUACUAUGUUUUGAGGUCAACAGGCCUGCUGCGUGCCUGGAAAAAUGACACAUUUCCACUACUGCUGUUUCUUCUGGCACAUCUGUAUUCUGUGUGAUUCACUUUAUUUUUUUCAAUAUUGCACUGGACUGUGGAAGGAAAAAUGCUUUACGUUGUAUUCUCUUGCUGACACUGAAAAUCACACCUUACAAACAAUCCUUAAAGAGACUAGUUUUCACGCUUCACAAGAUAACAUGGCAACCACUUCCUGGGAGCCAGAGUCACUGAACAGUUUAGAAAACAGUCUUGUUUGAAAAGAUCGUUUAGCAAAAGCAGUCUUGGAAAAAGGUGUGUUCUUGAAAUAUGCAGGGAAGAACCACAAACGUAUUUAGUAACAGAAUAUGGUACAAGCAAGGGAAAGCAGCUUUUGAUCUUAUAUUUGACUUUUCGCUACAGGUUUUAUAUAUAAAGAAAACAAUCCACUAAGUGGUUUUAUAACAAGGUGUGAAUAUUUUCUACUUAGCUUUCAUCAUUUUUCAUAGAAACCUGUUUCCAUCCAGGUGUUGUAAACUUGCCAGAAGUAACAGCCAUUUGAAAACAUUUUUAUUCUCCUGCUAUAAUAAGCCCAUGUGCUUUCAAUCAGGAAAGCCCAGUAUUUGUUAGAAUUUUUUUUCCUGUCCCUCCCAAUUUUAUGUAAGGUGCUUGCAAGAAUAUUUGUUAGCUCUUAAAAUAGAAAUGGACAAAAAAGAUCUUAUUUCUGUAGCCAAGAAAAGAUUUUUUUUUUGAGUUUUCAUUUAAAAAAUCAGCAUCUGCUUUUUUCCUUGUAGUCUCUGUGAAGUUUAAAAUCAAGCAGCCAGUUUAUUUAUUGCCACCAAUACUGCACUACAUGUAAUUGCCGUGAAUUGCCAUUUGUACCAGACUGUUACUAAAUCAUUAGCACUGAUAAUUUCUUGUAUAAAUGGAACUGUCUUUUAGUCUUUGUGACAAGAGAAGGAUGUCUUUGAAUGAAGUAGAUAUUACAAUAGUGCAAUGAUAUUUUGAGAGAAAACACAUGAGCCAAAUACUGCAUGUGUUUGAAGACUUCUAUUUAUUCUAUGAACUUUAAAAAAAGUUUUAGUAUAAUGUCAUCAGCUCUAUUUGCUGUUGUAUAUGUGCACUUAUUGCAAGUAACUUUAAAUAUCUUUUUAUUUGAAUGUAUCUUUAAAACUAGAUAGAAUAACAAUUAGAUCUGAAAAAUAAUUGAGUUAUAUGGGCCAUUUUAUGUACCCAGAGAGAGAGAGCAAUACCAUAUGAGAAUUAAAAAUGUAAAACUAAUCAUGCAAUUUGGAAAAUAUUAUUAUUUAGCCUUUAAAUCAAUAGUAGGAGCUGUCCAACCACCAGAAAGCAGCUGUAACACAUCAGAAAGAUAAAAUUUAAAUUUUCUUCACUAAUGAAUAUCAAUAAAACAAAAUAAAAGUUA